AUACCUUCAACUAGAGUAAAACAUAUCGCCACAAGAAACUUCUGACGGAAUUUUAAAUAAUCUCUUUCAGUGUGGGGGUCCAAAUUGCCUAAAAGAAAUAAAAAUGAAUGAAACUAUACCAUGCAUUACCAAACAUCGUGAGUUUAUUAGGCAGGAAUGAAACUGUAAAAAGCUGGAAGCAGUAAAGGGAUUUAAAAAUGGAUAAAUUAACUUUAAUUUCUGGAACGCUCUUCAUGGCAGCAGAUGUUUUUGCCAUCGUAAGUUUAGCAAUGCCAGAUUGGAUAAUCACAGACGUUGGAGGAGACACUCGCCUAGGAUUAAUGUGGACCUGUAUGACUUUGUACAAUCGACCACAAAUAUGUUUCACUCCAGAUUUACAACCAGAGUGGCUGUUGGCUCUAGUCUGCAUAUUUGUUGGUUGCAUUUGUAACACUACUACAAUCAUUCUCUUAGCUUCAUCUCAUUGGGAUCGAAAUGUUGUGCCAUAUGCUCGAUGGGUUGGCUUCACAGCAAUGGUACUAUUCUGCCUUGCUGCGGUUAUCUUCCCAAUGGGUUUCCACGUCGAUGAGAUUGGUGGACAACCGUACCAACUGCCAAACAGCCAUCAGGUUGGAGUGUCAUACAUUCUGUUUGUACUAGCUUUGUGGAUUACUGUAAUCUCAGAACUUUUUGCAGGGAAAGUUUGUCUCCCGCACUUUUAAGAACCUGUGAAGGUCAUACUUCGGUCUUCUAUGACACUGUAUGUUCAGCAAGACUUGCCACAUUGUUGCAUAUAAACAUAAAGCAAGAGAGACUUCUGUGCUUAUGAUAAGCAAAAUGAAACAUUCUGCAUUGUUUUAUCAUCUCUCUAUACAUGCAGAUGAAAACCAGUCACUCAGUGUAACUCACAUCACAUCAUAGCAGGACUAUCCAGCUGUGUAUUACUGGGUCACUAGGUUUAGUGAAAGUGAAAGUGUGAGAAGUCCCCACAGAAACAGCUUCGUUGUGUGUACUAUUCCUGUGUAUUUGUGCUGAUGACGGAUGAAGAAACUAUGACCCUGAUUUGAAGGGAGGCCACUGUGAGAAGCAGGAGAACCACACCUACAAAGAUGUUGGGUUCAUUAGCACUAGAAUAAGGCCAAUGGCAAAAUAUUCCAUCAGGAGUUGUAAUAUUUCUUUGUGCUAGCUGAAUGCUAAGGCUGGAAACAACUUUGGACCUCACAGGAAUGGUUCUCAUCAAUUCUUGAAAAUUUGAGCAAUCCCAUUACAUUCUUAAAUGAAGCUUCUACCCAGUGAUUUUCAUGGUCAACAAGAAUGGAUGUGUUUGUUUCACCAGUUAUGGAUGACUUCCUUUGUGUUGUUAGUGGGGUAUUGAUCACACUGAGUGGUCCUAAUUUCAUUGCUACAGUAGACUGUGGUAUUCUUUUCAUGUUUUUGCUUUCAUUGAGUCUCCUUUACAUUCUCUUGUAUUCUCUGGUAUGACCUGAAUCUGGAAAUAACAGUUUUCAGUAUUACUAUUGCUACUCUUGUAAAUAUCAUAAUACUCUUAAUGUGUAAUAUUUUAGAUUAAUGUUACAAGUAUGUGAAUGACUAUAAAUGUAAAAAUCUAGCAGGUAAAAUGUUCUACAGUAUGUAAUUAAAGAUUUUAUGAUUGUCUACCUUA